AUGCGUGAGAAUGACGACGGAGGGGAUAAAGAGAGAGCGCCAUCUAUUGAUGGGAGCCGAGAUAGACGGACAGGUCGACAAGGGGAUGCGCGGGUGAGUCGCGAGGACACCGACCAGAUGGGGUCUUUGAUGAAAUUGCAAUUAAGUCUGAUUGAUGGUGAAGACGAAGGUGAAAGACGACGGACUUUCGAUGCGGCGCUGCCCGGCUCUGUUCUCCCCCUUCCCCACCAAUCAUAUCUCCAAGAUCGCCCACCAUCGACGAUCGCCAAGCCACUAGACGCGAUUCGGCAGGUUGUGCCGGAGGAUCAGCUGGCCGGCAGGGCUUAUCGUGUCAUGGGGAUAGCUUCAUGGGGAAGCUGCCAUCUGCCGACCCUACUGUAG